AUGGAGACAUCGGUCGAUCCUGACGUGAGGAUCAUCACCCCAGAUGGACUACCAUUAACUAUCAUCGUUAUCACAUGCAUAUUCCUCGGCCUGUCGAUUGUGUCGGUAUCCUUAAGGGUCUAUGUUCGCCUUGUGAAAGGCACCUUUGGCCUCGAUGAUGCUUUCAUGGCAAGUGGAGUUGUCACCUACAUUGCAUUUGUUGGACUGUCAAUAUACGGAUGCCUUGUAGGUCUUGGAAGACUGGAAAAACAUCUCAAUGCAUGGCAAUACUCCGAAGCCUUGAAAUACUACAUUAUCUGGAUUCUGAUGUACGUUGUCGGCCUGGCGAUGGUGAAGUCAUCCAUUUGCAUUACUAUACAACGUAUUGCCUCCACGAGAAGGGCCCUCGUCUACACUGUCUGGGUCUUGCUUGCUGUAACAUGGGCAUCUUUCCUAGUUACCUUCCUCGGGACAUUGCUAUACUGCCGACCGGUGCGCGCAAUCUGGACGCCAGCGUUGGUUCUUAGCGGUGAGGGAACAUGCCUGCCUGUGGAUACCUUCAUCAUCAUUGGCCAUGUUUCUACGGUGUCUACUAUUGCCACGGAUUUGGCGCUGGUCGUAGUGCCUGCAGUCAUGUUGUGGAACACGCAAAUGAAAAGAAAAGCGAAAUUUCAGGCCUUCACAUUGUUGUCGUUCGCAUCCAUUGCAUCAGUCAUCACCAUGGUUCGCAUCCCAUACGUCAACAAAUUCGAAGGAAGGACAGACCUCCAGUUCUGGGUCGCACACACCAUGCUUUACUCCAACAUAGAAACCGGCAUCGGCUGCAUCGCAUCCUCAGUCCCUUCACUACGACAUUUUUUUCGCCGCAACGACGACGGAAGCUCUGGUCCCAGCAACAAGAGGAGCGGCACGGGCACCCAAUUGAUAACAGUUGGUGGAUCAAACCAGCAAAGAAAAUUGCGUGAUAGCUUUCGCAAUCCUACGGACAUUGGAUUCAGUCUAUCGACGGUUCAUCACGGAAGAGCAGAGGACAACUGGGAGCGUUUGGAUGGAGACUCGGACAAGAGUGAUGCCCCGACUGAUCCGAAGAGAAUAUACGCCGAGCGUAGUUAUGCGGUUGAUGUCGAGUCGGACUCGGAGGCAAGAAGAGCCAGGUAUGGCUGCUCUUCAGGGUAA